AUGAAGUCGUGGAGCCUUGUUAUCGCUCCCUGCCUGCUCUUGUGUGCAUCUAUCGCUCAUGCCUUCACUUUCUCCAACCCCGCCGCAUCAGCAGGGGCCAGCUCUCGCCUAUUGCCCCGAAACAUCAUUGCUCGCCGCGCCCCAGCAACAGCGCUCGCAGCAGAGACCACGUAAGAGACUCUGCACGCACAGCGAGAUUCCUCCAGAUCCACCGAUUGCUUGUGCGUUGUCUUGUGUCGUGCUGUGCUGUGUGGAUCAGCCUGACGCCUCCCGAGGGCUAUUGGCAGGGCGAGUGGGUGUGUGCCGACUGUGGUUACAUCUACGACCCAUCGCUGUUCGGCAACAAGUGGUUUGAGGACCAGGGUCCUGGCUUCAAGUGUCCGCAGUGCCAGGCGCCGAGGCGGCGGUUCGCCAAGAAGGUCGGCUCGGUCGUGGGCCAGAAGAUCGGCGGGGGCGACGCCCCAAUUGUCAUCUUCAGCGUACGCCUCACACAACAGGCCACCCACACAGACGGGACACGUAUGGCGUGCAUCGUUUGUCUGCUCGCUGUGUCUGCGUGUGUUCGAGUGCAGUUUCUGGGACUCGCACUUGUGGUCGCUGCAGGUAGGUACACGAGGGACGGAACAGAGAUUGAGCAGCACUGUGCCAUGUGUCCGUCGAUGCCAUCUUUGCGUUCUGUGUGUGCAGCUGUGUGGGCUACGUAUGAUUUCCCCGGCCUGAAUCUCUAA